AUGGGGCUGGACAUGACAGGCUCCACCCGCGUCCUCGGAGGAGUCAAGGGCGCCAGUGCCCUCCUCACGGCUGAAGUCAGUGGCAGCUUCUCUGUCACCGGCCUCUGCCGCCUUGGCCCCUUCCCUCCUCCUGGAAAUGCCUUCCUUGCCUGGGACGAGGAAGGGGACGAGCUGGGCCCCCUGGCUCUUGGCAAGCAGCUCUGUGACGCCAACACUGAAACAAUAGGCCACGCUCGGGGCGCAGGAUCUGGUUGCCACGCCUGUGCCGAGACAGGAACAUCCAUAUUCCAUCUUGCUUUCAUCUGCCACCGGCAUCUUCACAGUGUCACCAGGCUACCAUCUGGCUUCCCGAGCGGCUCCAUCAGCAUUCUGGCUGCAACAGAGCCACAGGAACCGGCAGAAGACCAUCACACCAGCAAAGCCUGGACUGCAGGUGUUCUGUGCAAACCUCUAGCUCAAGUCCUGCUUCCUUCUUCAGGAGAAGCCUUACUCACUGACUCCCUCUCUGUUUGUAACGGCACCUGUGGUCUGUACCUCAUGCUUCGUCAUACCGGAAUUUCUCACGUGCUAAUUGUCUCACCAUCAGAUGGCGAGGUCCCCUGGAGCAAAGACAGUGUCACAAUCUACAUCUGCAUCUACCGUGGUCCUCGCCCCAUGGGAAAAAUCAGUAUUUCCAAGAAGCAUAAGAGAGAGGGCAUUUUGCGUAUUAACUCGUUUAAACCACCAUCAACGUUCAGCCUUGGAGUCGGAGCCCCGCCUCAGGGGCCGCCACCUUGCCGCGCGGGCUCGAGACGGCGGCACUCGGCCACGGGGGACGAGGCGGCGAUGCAGGACGACGACGGCAGGAGAUGGGGACGGAAACAGGAACGGCUGUCAGCAGCCGAGAUAACGCCGCGGGUUUCUAGCAUUUCCGAGCAGACAACGCUCCGCGAGGCUGAGGGCGCAGAGAGAGCCGGCCUCGCCUUCAGGCGCCCCCGGCGUCGCAGCAUUAUUUCUGUAUCUCAGGAAGCUGAAUAUGGUGGGCAUGAUCAGAUAGAUUUGUAUGAUGAUGUCAUCUCUCCAUCUGCAAAUAAUGGAGAUGCCCCAGAAGACCGCGAUUACAUGGAUACUCUCCCACCUACUGUUGGUGAUGAUGUGGGGAAAGGAGCAGCACCAAAUGUUGUCUAUACAUAUACUGGGAAGAGAAUUGCACUAUAUAUUGGUAAUCUAACAUGGUGGACAACAGAUGAAGACUUAACUGAAGCAGUUCAUUCCCUGGGAGUAAAUGAUAUUUUGGAGAUAAAAUUUUUUGAAAAUCGGGCAAAUGGUCAGUCGAAGGGGUUUGCCCUUGUUGGCGUUGGAUCUGAAGCAUCCUCAAAAAAGUUGAUGGAUCUGUUGCCUAAAAGAGAACUUCAUGGUCAGAAUCCUGUUGUAACUCCAUGCAAUAAACAGUUCCUGAGUCAAUUUGAAAUGCAGUCCAGGAAAACUACACAAUCAGGACAAAUGUCUGGGGAAGGUAAAGCUGGUCCUCCAGGAGGCAGUUCACGCGCAGCAUUUCCACAAGGUGGUAGAGGACGGGGCCGUUUUCCAGGGGCUGUUCCCGGUGGGGACAGAUUUCCUGGGCCAGCAGGACCAGGAGGGCCACCCCCACCUUUUCCAGGAAAUUUGAUCAAGCAUCUUGUUAAAGGAACUCGGCCUUUGUUCCUGGAAACUAGGAUUCCAUGGCAUAUGGGGCACAGCAUAGAGGAAAUACCCAUUUUUGGCCUAAAAGCUGGACAGACUCCACCACGUCCACCCCUAGGUCCUCCAGGCCCGCCUGGUCCACCAGGUCCUCCACCUCCUGGUCAGGUUCUGCCUCCUCCUUUAGCUGGGCCUCCUAAUCGAGGAGAUCGCCCUCCACCACCAGUUCUUUUUCCUGGACAGCCUUUUGGGCAGCCUCCAUUGGGUCCGCUUCCUCCUGGUCCUCCACCUCCAGUUCCAGGCUACGGCCCCCCUCCUGGUCCACCACCUCCACAACAGGGACCACCUCCACCUCCAGGCCCCUUUCCACCUCGCCCACCUGGCCCUCUUGGGCCACCCCUUACACUUGCUCCUCCUCCGCAUCUUCCUGGACCACCUCCAGGUGCUCCACCACCAGCUCCACAUGUGAACCCGGCUUUCUUUCCUCCACCAACUAACAGCGGCAUGCCUACAUCAGAUAGCCGGGGUCCACCACCAACAGAUCCGUAUGGCCGACCUCCGCCGUAUGAUAGGGGUGACUAUGGGCCUCCUGGAAGGGAAAUGGAUACUGCAAGAACACCAUUGAGUGAAGCUGAGUUUGAAGAAAUCAUGAAUAGAAAUAGGGCAAUCUCAAGUAGUGCUAUUUCAAGAGCUGUGUCGGAUGCCAGCGCUGGUGAUUAUGGGAGUGCUAUUGAGACAUUGGUGACUGCGAUUUCUUUAAUUAAACAAUCCAAAGUAUCUGCUGAUGAUCGUUGCAAAGUUCUUAUUAGCUCUUUGCAGGAUUGCCUUCACGGAAUUGAAUCCAAGUCUUACGGGUCUGGAUCAAGACGUGAACGAUCAAGAGAAAGGGACCAUAGUAGAUCACGAGAAAAGAGUCGGCGUCAUAAAUCUCGUAGUAGAGAUCGUCAUGACGAUUAUUAUAGAGAGAGAAGCAGAGAACGAGAGAGACACCGGGACCGGGAUCGUGACCGAGACCGAGAGCGUGACCGAGAGCGAGAGUAUCGUCAUCGCUAGGAGCUGAAGGAAGAGGAACACCUUCCAAGACAAAACAGUCUUCAUGGGGGAAAAUGACGCUUGUCCAGCAGUUUGCUUCUUGUGAUUGAACUGAACCCGUAAGGAUUCACGGAUAAAAUGAACAGGAAUAGAUCUGAAUAAAGCAAAUCUGCAUAAAUGGUAACCAGUAGCUCUUUUUUUUUUAUGUUGCUUAACUGUUUUAUUUGAAAGAAACCUGUGUGAUUUAAAAAGUUAUAGCUUUUGCAACUUUAUUACUGGUUAUAUACAUUUGGCCAUUAUAAUGUGCAAGCAAUUGGAAAAAAGUCAAGUAAAUGCUUGUUUUUAUAGUAGUUUGUUCUUGUUAAAAAUGUUCAUAUGAUAAUGUCUGUAAACAGCACCACUUUGAUUAUAAUAGAUGUAGUGUUGUAAUAAACUGUUUAAUGGGGCUGAUGUGUAAAGCUGUUCAAGUUAUUUGAUGUUUACACCUCAGGGAAAGUGUUGUGUUCAGCAAUAUCUAAAGAUGAUGUUACUAUGACAUUUAUACUGUCCUUUCAAAAAGCAUUGCAAUAGCGGUUUUGGAUAUGCAUCAAUCUAAUCUUGCGUUCAGUGAAUUAAAAAUACUAAUUAAGUGUUUCUUGCCCUUGAUUUUGAUAUUAGAAUAGGUGAUUACAUGGAUACUUAAAUAUUUCUAUAUUCUGCUUUUCUAGCUGUUUUUACCUAGUUAGCUUGUGAUUUUGCUGAAUGGUAUGUAAACUUGUAAAAACUGAAGUUUCACAGACAUAGCAAUCCAGUCAAUGUCUUAGGGGUCAAAAAAAAUGUGGUUUUAACAUUUUAGAAGAAAACCCGUACAUUAUUUGCUACAGUAAUGCAGCUUAAUUACAACACAGAUGUACUGAAAUGCUUAAUUGUAAACUGCUAGCAUUGAAGAAAUACUUUGACGGUUCUGAUUUGAUGCGGCAGUUAUUUGCUGUUUUAUAUUGAUAAUGCUUAUGGUUUGUUUUGAAGCCAUGGGCAGUGUAAAUACAGCCGUGCAGCAGACAAAUGUGAGUAAAGAGAGCCUUAGUUUUAUUUUCCGGUUACUGUCGAUUUCUGAAGGGUGUAAUGUUUAUUAACAUCAGGUUGUAUCCUCCUGUGUGUGUAAUGGGAGAGUAUGGGUGUACCCUAUCUCCGCAGUUUAAGGAAUUCUAUAUAUAUUCAUGCAACCCAUUGAUUUGUGCUGGAGUUAUUUACUUAAUCAAAGAUUCUUUCAAAGCUGCCUUGCAUACAGGCCCACAUUGAAAGCACCUGGCUAGCACGUGUUUUUAAUUGCAAAAUUAGUAGAAGCAGAGUGUCAACUUGAUUAGACGUUUUCAUAGGAAGGUCAUUCUGAAUCACUACUUCAGAAAUUUGAGUUCAAAUCCUUAAGCAAAUUAAUUUGUUUUUAAUAUCUGAUUAUCUUUGAGAGAUCUUCUGAUAAUACACAUUGGUUUUUAAAAAGUAUAGCCAAAUUUUAGGACAAUGCUUAACGUGUUUAGGGACCCUAGAUAUUGUGUCACGUGCAACUGUAAACGCCCUCCGAGAUUUCCACUCCAGCUCUGCACUUCUUUUUUGUCUGUUCUCACCCUAGUUCUUACAAAUUUAGCUGUUUCAGAUUAUUCAUAUUAUUGCCAGUUUUAUUUUAAAACAUUUCGUUAUUAGAGUAUUUGUGCAUGGGCUCGUUGGUGUUAAUCAGACUGUUUGCUCUCAGAAAUUUCAGUGUUCUAUCUUGUUGAAAAUGCAGUUGCCUUUUUAACAUCUUUGAGAGUUGUAUCAGAAUUGAUUUUCUUGUUUUGUAUAUAGGUCUUGUUAGUUUUUGUCAUUUCUUAGCUCUUUUAUAUUUUAAUUGCAAUGCCCUAAUGCGAAGAAGUAUAGACAUAAAUUAAUAAUAUUCCAAGGGAAUUAGUUAAUAGUAAGCUUAAAAGGUAAGUAAAUGUCCAUGAGAAUAAAAUUUUCUCUGAACAAUUUUAAAAUGGAAUCAUAAAAAUCUAACUGCGCUUGAACUGGAAAUUUUGUACUAAUUAAAUCCUUCAUUUACCUAUUCAUUUUUUAUCAGUGGAACCUUUAAUUGUUCAUUGUCUGUCAUUCUCCUCCCUGCUUGGCUGAUCUCAUUAUGUGACUUGUUGCAGACAAUGUGAAUGUGCUAGAAUUGUUGGCUUCUAGUCCGGUGUUUUUAAAUGUUGUCAGAAGGUAACUUUUUGGUUUGACCAAUUAAUUUUUGCAAAGUCUUACUCUACCUAACACGUGAAUGUAUAGCAGUAAAGGUGAAAAUUACAAAGCUUGUUUAAUUUUUCAUAUCCCUUCUGUUGUUUAUGGCUGAUGUUAUUUGAAAACUUUUUUUCUUUUUUUUCAAUGUUUAAAAACAAUCCAAAGAGAUAAAUCUUUACGUAGACACCAAAAAAAAAAAAAGGAGAGAGUCCCAGAAACCUUCUCUUUUCUUCUUAAUAAUAAUCGUAGUGAAUAUGAAAACAAACUUGAGUUUUAAUUUUAAACCAUAGCACUUAUUAGUGCUGUGCAGUCACAUUCCUUUCAACCAGUCAAGUUAUGAAUGAGGGAGACAGCACCGGAAUGGAAUUGCUUCUGCAGCAACACUUUGAAUUGAAUGUGAUGCUUUUAGUUAAAGAACGUGUUGUGGAAAGGAUAUUCCAUUGUAAAUUUGGAAGGGUUUAUUUUGUCAAUUUGCAUAAGCAAGAUUUGGAGUAAGUUGCAGUGGCUAUUGAUGAUAGUUUAGUCCAUUUAAUGGGCCCCUUAUGUAGAAUAUUCUUAAGCAGUUAACUACAAUUUGGAGUUUACAAAUAACUUAUGGAUUGUAGCUUAAGGUAUUGUGUUCAUUUAAUUCUCCUGUGGAGAAUAUUGCUUUGUUUUUUACUAGUUUAAAGUCAGUUCUUAAAAUAAACGUGGAGGUUUUAAUGAACGUUAUAACGUUUUAUAGUGAAAGGGGAAAAUUGGUGGAAGGAUAAAAACUUUCUCUUUUCCUUAUGUAUUUCAAUGUGCCGAUCACCUAAAUACAUACUGGUUUAUAAAUGAGAUGCUACUACAAGACUUUGUUUAGUGUUCUCGACACCUGAAUGAUCAUUACAUUUUCUGUGUCUUGUAAGAUGGCUCCAUUUUUGUGUUUUAAGCUUCAGCUUGCUAUUUUAAGAGGAAGUUCAUGAUCUAAUUCUUUACUGAGAAUACGAUAUUGAGAUUCUUGCUGUUUUACAGACAACUGCCUUUUAAAUUUUAUUCAUUAAGUUCAUUUGCAUCCCAUAGCUGCCUGUAAACGUUUCCUGGACUUGUAUGUACUUUUAUGCAUGCUUAUCCAUUGUACAUAUUAGACAUUUUUGUGCAAAAAAUGUAUUAAGUGGGAUUUUUGUAGCAAAGCAUUCUAUUUUUCUGUUCUUACAAUGUGUGUUUUUUGGUUUUUUUGGUUUGUUUUUUUACAUUAACCUUCAGUUUAAACACUGGUGUAUUUUAUUUUUUAGCAACUUGACUCUUAGAAGCCUUAGACUAAUUUUUUAAUAACAUUCAACCAAAAAUUAUAAAUUUAUUAAGAUGUGGCCUUAACACAUAGCAUUCCUUGUGGUCGUAAUGUGAGAUUUUUAAUGUAGAGAAGUCAAGAUUCAGGAUUAAAGUUUCAUUGUAAGUUGAACUAGAAAAUGUAUUAAAAUGUCUAGGCUUCUGGGAGGAAGUUCUUUAGCUCUUCUUUCUUGACAUUAGAAAGAAGCAAUAUGAAUUUUUUGAAUAUUCAGAAUAUUCAGGCAGUUGUGUCCUGUUCAGAUGAUUUAGGUUUGUCUUAACCAAUGUUUCUUUAAAAUUUCAGGUUGUUGGCAUUCACUCUGAGUAUGCGGCUGUACUGUGGUUUUUGUAUGGGACGUAUAAACACUUGGUUAGGUGUAGACAGAUUUUAAUGUUUUGAAGACUUCCUGCUAUAUUAAUUAACAUAUUGUUAUGGGAGUCUUUUAAAAUAUUAGGUAAAAUUUAAUUGAAGUCACACAAAUCUUGAAAUGGUAUCUGUGGAUAAUAAAUGCUACAGAGAGUUUUUCACGUGAGAGUAUCCUAAAACCCUGCCAUAGGUGUAAAUGUUUUACAUUAAUUUCAUAGUUGGACAGACCCUGCGUUUAGUUUUGAAGAUGUGUUCUUUUUGUCGCACUGUUACUGCAUAACACUUCUCAGCAUUCUGUAAGUUAAAUUAUUUUAAAAUACAGUGGUGAAUUCAUGUUUAUUUUUUUACUUUGAAAAUUGUAGUACUCAGGUGGUAUUUAAUGGGAAAGGAUCCUUUGGGGUAAAUCGUAAUGUAUUCUAAGGAAUGCAUCUAUAACAUUGAUGACUUUAGCCUUAAGAAAAGGUCUAUUCUUAUUAUUCCUUCUUCCUCUUCAUCCAUGGUAUAUUCACAAAGCAGUUUACAACCUUGUACAGCCUUACAGAGUUGUUUUACAAUUUUUAAUGGAAAGCCCUUAACAAAAAAAUUGUAUCAUAUUACUAGUAUCCAUGAAUUACUGAAUCACGGUUUGUAAAUAAUUUGUCUAAUACCAGAAGGCCAAAGAAAGUCUUAAAAUUUUAGCUAUUGACUCUGUGGCGACUUCACAAUAAGAUUUCUGUGCAAAAGGUAAGGUGAUACUUGAUCAGACAUCUUUUUGGUGUCCGUGAGAACUAGACUUCCAUAUUAGCUUCUAUUAAAAAGCUCAUUCCAUUUUAUUAAAAUGUUUGUAAUUGCAGUUUUGUGUUUAAUGUUUACUUUCUGUCUUUUCUUUCUUCAGCAUUUAGGUGACUGUUCAGCAGUUUGCUCUAUGGCCAUUGUUGGCCUUAAACUGCACUAGUAACAAGCAUGGUAUUUAUCUUGUAUUGAAAAUAAAACAGUUUUGAUA